AUGGAGGGGAUAUUUGUCGAUCCUACUUUUGAGGCCCACCCUCCUUACGAGUCUUGUCCACCAAUCAAUCAGAGCAUUCGGCCCUCGAGAGUGCGCGAUACAAUUGGAUUCAUUCCGUAUGGUGAUGAGGAGGAAUUCCCUGUCAUGGCACAUCUAGAUAACUUUGAGUCGUUCGCAUGGGAAGAAGACUUUGAUCCAGAUUCGGAAAUGAUCCAGAUCGAAACUGUCCGUCGACUACACAAUACUUGGGAUAUCUCGAUAAAGAACAUUGAUCGGAUGCGCAUCCUCCCCCAAUUAUUCGGUGAAUCGCACAAAGCGGGUCUUAUAUGGCAGAGGUUUCAGCGAGAUUUUCUUCGUUGGCCUGGUGGAACUGAUGAUGAUAUGGAAGGAGCUUGCUCUAAGCCUGCAACUGAUAAUCUCCGUGAGAGGCUGUCAUCAGUUCUUGCGACAUUUUGUCCAAAUCUCAAUUGUCUGCGAACUCUGUGUACGACCCAUGUGCAUCCUCAGUUCGGAUUGUUCGGAGGUGGUAGGCCCAAGGUGACGAAUCAAAGUAUGCGACUUAGCGAAGGAGAGUCCUGCGGUGAAGAAUGCUUCCGUCUGACAGACGAAUCUUACAUGGUAGUCAUUGUCAAUGAAUCUGAUCUAGAGACGUUGAAAACAAUCUUAUCAAUCUCACCUGAUCUAUUUCCUUGUCAGCUUGCAGAUCUCUGCUUCAAGCCUUGCCGAGAAGUUUUUGUUCAGCGAUCUCACAUGUUUCCUGAUCAUAUGCUAUAUGAUGAUGACCCUGCAGGCGACAUGGAAAGUCAUGCAAAGAACAACAAAACAAAGAAAAAGGCCCGAAAGCCUCGUCUCAUUUUUGGUACAUCAAUCACCCUCGAGCCUUGCCAGCAUAAGGGUCCAUGUGAAAAAGAACGGUGCGAAUGCUACCGUCAGAGGCGACACUGUCAACUGGCUUGCCGGUGUGGUAUAAAUUGUGAUCGUCAGUAUCGCGGUUGCGAGUGCAAACGCUGCGUUUCAAAUUGCCCGUGCUAUAGAAAUUUCCGAGAAUGUUUGCCCGGGAUAUGUCAUAAAUGUGAUGCAAGUUUAGAGGUCAGACUACGUGCAACUGACAUCCCAUGUAUAAACACAAGGCUUCAGCGAAAUGAUGCUGAGCCGGUCGAGAUCAAGCGGGCUAAAUAUGGCCUAGGAGCUUUCGCGGUGCAAGACAUGAAGUCUGGCGACUAUAUCGGAGACUAUGUCGGCAACAUUCUGACGAAUGAAGAUGUUGAUAGUCUACAUCAUGUUGCGGAAUAUAGCGGUCGCAAUUAUUUUUUCGAAUUCUCACAAGUCAAUACGGAAAUGAUCGAUGCUGCUCCGGUCGGAAAUGCUACUCGUUUCCUGAACCACGCGACCGCGGAACUGGCUAAUUGUGAAGCACGAGUUCUUCUUGUCAAUGGGGAACAUCACAUCGGAUUUUAUACCAGCAAAGCAGUGGCUAGUGGAAAGGAACUUCUUUUGUGGUACGGUGAUAAAUACUGGAAAAACAAGGGAAACCAUCAAGCAAUUGAUGAUGCGGGCUGA